CUCUCAGUCUAGAGCUCAUAACUCUCUCUGUGCAGAUCUCCAGUCUCUCUGUUUGCUCUGACGCUCUGAGGCGCCGCUGCUCUUUUCCUCCUUCGUCUCUGACAGAGCCUGUGUGUUUUUAGUCACCGCGUGGUCCCGGUUGGUGCCAUGGGACCGGACGCGCUGCUUUGAUUUCACUGCGCGUGUUGUAGCAACGGCCGUUUCUAAGGGGCGGAGCUAAAUGUACAGGAGUUAAAUACCCCUCCAUAUGUGCCAUACAGCUGGUGCAGGAGGACACUUUACUCUGACGACACGCUUCAGACCUUCUUCAGCUCUUCUUCAGCUCUCCUUCAGAUCUUCUUCAGCUCUUCUUCAGCUCUCCUCCAGAUCUUCUUCAGCUCUCCUUUAGAUCUUCUUCAGCUCUCCUUUAGAUCUUCUUCAGCUUUUCUUCAGCUCUCCAUCAGCUCUCCUUCAGAUCUUCUUCAGCUCUCCUUCAGAUCUUCAACUAUACUUCGCUUCUUUUUCAGCUCUCCAUCAAAUCUUCUUCAGCUGUUCUUCAGCCUGUUACGAAGUACAAUUUGGGUGAAUGGAGGCUGUUUCUGAGCUUUCGCCCGUCUCUGAGCUUUCCAGCUGCAUGCGAGGCCUCCUCUGCCAGGACAGCAGUGUGAGCCCCAGCAGACGACUCGCCGUGACGCCCGAGCUGAACAGCCCUGAGAGAAAUCAGAGAGACCAGAGAGGCCAACUACCAGAGACGCCAACAGUGAGCAGGAGGAGAGCUCAGAGUAAACUGUCACCACCUCAGAGACCCUCCUUGAAACUGCGGUGGCGGCGGACUGGGCGUCUGAGAGGAGAGGUGGAGGAUGAUGAGGAUGAUAAGGAGGAGAAGGAGAACACACAGAGGCGGAAACGAGUGCGCGUGAAGCUGUUCAGCAGCUCCAGUCCUGACGCUGAAGAGGACGAGGCUGUGAGCAGAAAUAAGAGGCAGUAUCACGGCUCUCCAGGCGAGAGCUCCAGUCACCAGAGUGAAGUAGAGAGGCCUGACCCCGCGUCGGUGGCGCUGUUCCAGAGACUGAGGUCCAGGAGAAAAUCUGCACAGUCACACAUCCCUGACUCGGCCCUCACAGACCAGCGCCUCAUUGGAGACUUCAGUAAGCAACAUGUCCUUCCUGUUGAUUGUGUGGAUCAUCAGGACCUUCACUGUGUUUCAGCUCAAACUGUGGCAGCUCUGAUCAGAGGUCAGUUCAGCUCUGUGGUGGAAGACUUCCUCAUCAUAGACUGCCGUUACCCAUACGAGUAUCAAGGAGGACACAUUAAGGGAGCGGUGAACCUGUACACGGAGGCUCAGAUCCGCCAGGCUUUCCACCACAGCUUCUCCUCUUUCCAGACUUCUCCUGAGGCCCAGGUUGACGCCUGCAGCCCUGGAGGGGCCUCCCUGGCUGGCGUGCAGGGCCUGGGCAGUGGCGGGGGGGCGUGGACAUCUGCAGCAGUAGAAGUUAAAGAUGGAGGAUCAUCGCCGAGGAAGCUGAUAGUGUUCCACUGCGAGUUUUCGUCAGAGAGAGGACCACGGCUGUGUCAGUAUCUGCGUGAGUUGGACCGUGUUGUAAAUGCUCAGGCUUAUCCUCUACUCCUCUAUCCUGAACUCUACCUGCUGCAGGGAGGAUUCAAAUGCUUCUACACCUGCUGCCCGGAGCUCUGUGAACCCUGUGCUUAUGUGCCGAUGCGUCACCGGGACUUUAGAGAGCAGCUCCACCGAUUCAGCAGGAAUAGGCGCUUGCAUCAUCGCAGGCGGCCAAUCAGAGCUCAGCAGAGGACGGCACGCUUUUAGCGCUGACCACGAGCUGCGGGCCGGCCUCGUUCACAUCACAUCACAUUAAAGAGGUCUGUUUGCAGUGCAGACAGUCUGUCGUGUACUGUAGUGAUUUUGACAGCACUCAGCUAAUAAAGUUAGACACCACUGUCUUUGCUUUCUCUCCUGUGGAGUAAACACUCUCUACAUUGUCAGUGUGGACCCCCCAGAGUAAGACACCCCCCCACUGCUAAUUGUCAGUUGUCCUUUGUUAUUGCUUAUUAAAGUGAGGUGGCACCAUUAAGACAUAAAUCGAUCAACGUUUCAUUUUAGAAUGUAAUAUUUUAAGUGUAGUUGGGGGCACAAAUUCAUGUGGGGUAAAAUGUUAUAUGGAUACUUGAUGAAAUAACUCAGGUUCAAGCAGAAUGUGCUUUUAGUCAUCUUGUAUUCCCAUAACAACAUCAUCUACUUUAGCCAGGCUAAAGCACAGCCGCCACAUGGAGGGGUUAGUUUUAACACGCUGUUACAUCUAAGGCUGGAUUUACACGGUGAAACUUUCAUGCAACUUUAGUUGCUUGAAACCUACAUGAAACUAAAUCGCGCAUGAGCUGCGUGAUGUAGAGCGUCCUGCAACUCACUCAAAACUCAGCUGCAACAGCUGCAAGCGUCUCAACACCUAAUCAAAACACUGAUAAUGCAUCACAUGAUCACAACAAAACACACACUUUCAAACUAUUGAUUUCACCAAAUCAGUUGACAAGAAAAUAAACAGGAGAUUGUUUAUUAUUAUUGGGUGGUUGAAAAGGAAAAUUUCACUGUAUAAAGCCAGCCUAAGAACCCCAAGAUAAAUAAUGAGAAAAGUCCAUAACCCCUCAUAAAAAUUCAAAACAGUCAAUUUUUUGGAGGUUUUUUAUGCAAAGAUUCAUCAACAACAUGUUAUAAAAUCUUACACAGCACUCUGAUCUAAAGUGGCGACUCUACAUACCAGUUCAGUUUUACUCUUUGACUCAAUAUUGUUGUGUGUUGUCAAUAUAUUCCAAUAUAUAUACAAAACACAUUUGGAAUAUCUUUUCAAUAAAUUACAUGUGAACCACCU